AUGGCCGCACAAGCCAUGGGUCUGAGGGCACAUACGUGCUUCAUCUGGACAUGCUUCCAUGCUGUAUUACUGCAAAGUGGCGGUAAACCGGAAAAGACCCGCGGCGAUUGUCUGAUCGCCCUCAGGCUUGAACAGCAGUCGGGACUCUGGGUCCUAUUGUGCUGCCUUGCCAAUGCCGAAUCCCAGGUCGACGUGCAGAGAGUCCGAUUCAGACGCAUCAUAGGAGGGGGGCGCCCAGCCCUACACGAAUACCCUGGCUACUACGCUUUGAUCCCGGGUGUACAGUACCUCGCACGCUACGCAUUCGUGUGCGUGUCGCCGGUUGUAGCUACUCGCGAGCAUCUUCUGCCACGUAUAUUGCACCUCAUGAAGUUCGAGCCGCGGUGUUCAUGCAAUGACAGGACUUCCAUCUCGCGCUCAUACCGCUUCAUCCUGGGGAUCCUCGGUAAUGCGGCUCCCAAGAUCGGACGCGUCGGUAGCGUGUGA